AUGAGUCUUCCACAUUGGCAGAGGAGCUGGAAGGUAUGGCACCUACUCCCGCAGGCAGACUCUAGUCCGCUCCUGCUACCACAACAUCAACUGCCCCUCGUGAAUCGCAUGUCCCUCUCUAUUCUCAUGUCAAGCUGCUUUCUAUUGUCCCUUGCUCGCUCUAUCUGAUUACUUUACACUUGCUGAAGGAUGGAGUGAUUCUGUCGAGUUCGAGAUAAUGGGUCAGCAGUGAACAUAGGAGGAUUGAGGAAACUCAUCGAUGGAUUGGUGAUGGUGGGGGAGUGGUGGGAAGAUCAUUGAGCUGGAGCGGCGUUAGGGUUUGAACCUGAGAGACGGGUUUGGGUUGUGAAUGGAGGCAGAGAGUGGCGGAUGAAGUGGAGAAGGUGCAGCAGACGUUGUUGGAGUAAUGGUGAAUUGUGGGAGGGGUGAUGGUGGUGGUGUGCUGGGCAUCUGAAUUGCUUGAGUUUGUCAUUGAAGGUGGAUUAGGAGGUGGGAGGUAGUGUAGUGAUGACAAGAUUGGUGGUAGUCUUUUCAAUCAGUUGAGGGUUGAUUGUGGUUUGAUAAGUGAGCGAAGUGGUGAAGAGAUCUUGUGCUUGGAUUGGAGCAUUGAUAGGAUUUGGGAGGAGACAUGGAGAUGCAGGAGCAGGCUGGAGGGUGGAACCCAAUUGUCGUCCUGGCACUCCAUUGUCAUAACGUUCAAAAGUCAUUGGCGGUUUUACAAAUGCCUAGACCUCCAUCCUUGCCUUGUGUAGCGUCAAUUUCGACGAAUUUGGGGAACGAGCACCCGCUCAACUCCCUCGUUUCAGCAUUCAUGUCGGCGAAGAAAGGGGUGCCGCCGGCCGUGUUGACGUUCUUCCGGCAAGGGAGUUAUAACGAGAGAGAAAAUAAUCACUGUACUUGCAGCUGCAGCAAUCAGGUGGAGCCAUUGGCGAAGCAUCAUAAUCCUUCGAAAACGUUCUUCGGUCUUUCGUUUCCAAGUUCCGGCUUUUCUGGAGGUGUAGAUCUUAAUGACAGGGCUCAAUUAUCGACCUGCAGUUCUUGUCAGGCUCGCCAAGAUUCUUGGGACGCAGAAAGCAAGUCUGCGGCACAAUCGCUUCUAAAAUUUAGAAUGCAGGAUUUCUCAAUUGCAGAUUUCAAUGGCAGUCGAGGCGAGCGAUGUGCCACUUGUCGUUGCUGUUGCGCUAAAGGGAAGCUGGAGAGUAAAAUUAAUAGCCGGGAUCCUGGGUUUGAGGGUAUCAUCAAUGUAUCCAUUAUGGUGAUGUCUAUGAUGCUCAGACACAAUUCCAAACAGGGGGAGAAACGGAACUCUGCCGUUAAUAUCCUUCAUAGUGAUGUGUCGAAGUUGACAAGUUGUUGCACUUCCAAACAGGUUUUGGUUCAUUCAGAGAAUAAGCAUUUACACCAUCGUCUGAUGCAAAUUCCUGUUCUAGGGUUUCUCUCCCAGCACUUAAACAAAAGACUUGCUUCGCAGUAUUCUGUAGCUAAAUGCGAUCGUAAAAGGAAUCGCUUGUUAGUGUGCAACUGCGGCCAUCUCGAAGAAGAAGGCCAUGACUUAUCCUCUAGGAAAGCAGCUAAGAGGCCUUUCUUGGACUUUUCCUUGGCCAAUUUCAUGCAGUUUAGGACGUCCGCAGUGGGCAAUCUAGUUGAAAGUGAUGUAAAAAGGUUGAGGCCUUCCAGGAUAGCGACACUAGGGUUUGCUAGGCUGCAAGGGGAGCCCGAUGGUGGCUCAGCUGGCGCUGUUGUUGUGUCUGUUGAAGGAAGAGAAGAUGUAGUUGAAAUGGGAAAUUUGAUAGAAAAAUCGAAAAAUCCGAGUCAACCGAGUGAAAGGGAAAAAAGCUCAGGAUUACAGCCUAUUCAGGUGAAGCUGCUUAACAUAAAUGGGUUACGGUCAUCCUUGGCUACUCUAGGCGUGAAGGAGGGCGUGCAGGAUCUUGUGGAUCGAGUGUCUAAUAUGACUAGAAGCUCAACGGACUACCCGGACAAGAAGAAGUUGACGUCAGUGCAAGACUUUUUUAGAUACACGGAAGCCGAGGGUAGAAGGUUGUUCGAUGAGUUGGAUCGCGAUGGUGAUGGGCAGGUGACUCUUGAAGAUCUUGAAGUAGCUAUGAAGAAGCGAAGAUUACCUCAGCGUUAUGCCAAGGAGUUUUUGCGUAGGACUCGGAGGCACUGGUUUGCGAAAUCAAUUGGUUGGAGCGAAUUUCACGUGUUGAUGGAACAAAAGGAGCCGCAGAUGCUGCGUGCUUUCACGACACUAAGUUUAAGUAAGUCGGGUACUCUACAGAAGAAUCAGGUGCUUGUUUCCUUGAGAAAUGCGGGGUUGCCUGCAACAGAUGGUAAUGCAGCAGCUAUGAUGAAGUUCUUGAACGUUGAUACAGAGGGUUCAAUUGCUUAUGGUCAAUUUCGGAACUUUAUGCUUUUGCUUCCACCAGAGCGUCUUGGAGAUGACCCACGGAUGGUGUGGUUCGAAGCAGCGACUGUGGUGCCUAUGGCUCCUCCUGUCGACAUCGCAGCUGGCUCAGUUCUGAAGUCUGCUUUAGCUGGAGGAAUGGCGAGUGCUCUCACGACUUCCAUGUUACAUCCACUUGAUACUGUUAAGACGAGGGUCCAGGCAUCCACCUCGUCCUUUCCAGAGGUAAUUGCGAAGCUGCCUCAGAUCGGUAUUCGAGGCAUGUACCGUGGGUCUAUUCCAGCAAUUCUAGGUCAAUUCACCAGUCAUGGAAUUCGCACAGGUGUUUUGGAAGCCAGCAAGCUACUCUUAAAAAACAUGGGACCAGAACUUUCUGAUCUUCAGGUGCAAUCUUUGUCUUCCUUCACCAGCACUGUAAUUGGGACUGCUGUCCGAAUUCCGUGCGAGGUAUUGAAGCAGCGACUGCAAGCUGGCUUGUACAACAGUGUAGGGGAAGCUAUUGUGGGAACGUUUCAAAGAGAUGGCUUGAAAGGUUUUUUCAGAGGAACAGGAGUGACUUUGUGUAGAGAAGUUCCAUUUUACGUUGCUGGUAUGAGCAUCUACGAGGAAGCCAAGAAGGUUGUUCAAAAAGUACUGGACAGGGAGCUGCAACCAUGGGAAACAAUCGCUAUUGGUGGUCUCUCUGGAGGUCUCGCGGCCAUUGCCACAACGCCCUUUGAUGUAAUGAAGACGAGAACUAUGACUGCAGGUCCCGGCAUGCCAUCCACCAUGGGUGCUAUCAUGGUUGCCAUAGUGAAGGAUGAGGGUCUUUUGGCUCUUUUUAAGGGAGCAAUUCCACGUUUCUUUUGGAUUGCGCCUCUUGGAGCCAUGAACUUUGCCGGUUAUGAGUUAGCUAAGCGAGCCAUGGAAAAUGAGGAGAAAGCAGUUCAAGCUGUAGGAGAAAAGGAGAAGUCCAGAUAAGAACCCCAGAGUAACUGCCCUUUCUAUGGGAGUCUGUAAUGCUCAACAGUUUCAUUUCACAUCAAAUGAUUGAUGAAAUGGUGUACAUACGUUUUGAAAGUACAUUGGAGUGACAAACAGAAAUCAAAGAGGAUAAUGGGGUAGCAAUCCAGUAUUAGAUUGCAGAUUUUCCGGUGGGAUUGGCUUUAGACUUUGUUCCAUUAGAGCAUGUGAAGACUGUGAAAACCGCAGGAAACCAGUAACUUGAACGUGAGGACGAGUAUUCUUGGCUGCAUCCCACAAUGUUGUCAUUGUCGAGGAGAAGUACUUUUGGGUCUCUUUUGGCCAGCAAGAUCCUCACAAUUGGUGCUGCAUUGCCUGUUUUGGUUUUAACUUGGGAAGCAAUGUGGCAUCCGGAGCUGUGCGUUUUUAUCCCACUGUGAUAGACACCAGGAGGCACUUUUCUGAAAUUUGUCGACAAUUUGAAGAUUUUUCGGGUUUUAAUAUCGUAAAUUAUUGUAUCUUCUAACAUCUCGAGGGCGCAGUUGCUCAGGUUGGCGAAGAAUUCCCUUAUCAGGGACCUGUUCUUUGACGAUUCUGUGAGUCUUCCAGAAGCUUAGGUGCUUAAGCAAGGCAAACUGUCAGGAAGAGGAGGGGCUUCAAGAAGCUUUAAUUGCAGCUAACGUUCCGAAAUUGAUUUUUGUCUUCGUUCAUAACUCAGAGCACUUAUGUGGAGGGUUUUUAUACUGUAAUUUUGCUAGUUUGUCAACAUUGCACUGCUGUCAGUCACCCUGCCGAUGCCAAAUGCCUUUCAGAGAUUAGGCAUUCAAAGCUAGUUUUAGUUCUUGGAAGUGUAGUUGUCUUAUUUCACAAUCUCCAUUUUAAGGAUAAUGGAUUUUAUUUUUAUUACAAUUGUGAUGGUUUUUUUUAGUUUUUUAUGUCAUUUGGACUUUCUUAGAAGAUGAAAAGUCAAUUACAAAAUUGGUCCUUCAAUGUCGCCAAUUUCCAUUCUCUUC